AUGGUCAGGAAUUACAAGAAAAAGGGAACUAGGAGUGGAGAGGUGGAUGAACAGGCAAUGUCAAAAGCUGUCAAUGAAGUUUUGAAAAACAAACUCUCCUUACGAAAAUCUGCAGCCAAAUAUGAAGUUAAUGCACAAACGCUACAAAGUCGGAUCAAAAAAUUACGCGAAACAAAAGAUCUUAGUAGCAAAAAUCGUGUAUUCGAAUCGAAAUUUGCAUCACAGCAAGUAUUUACAAAAACAGAAGAGGAUCUUUUGAAUAAAUAUAUCUUAUCGUGUUCUAAGAUGCACUAUGGACUAUCAUGUAGCCAAGUCAAAAAACUUGCUUAUGAAUUUGCUGAGGCCAAUAAUAUAAAAUAUCCUGCAAGUUGGAAUAAUAAUAAGAUGGCAGGAACAGACUGGUUAGCAAGUUUUCGAAAACGCCAUAAAAAUUUAAGUUUGCGCAAACCUGAAAAUACUAGCGCUGCCAGAUCAUUCGGUUUCAACAAAACGGCUGUGAAUGAUUUUUUCCAGAAUCUGGAGAACGUAUACCGCAAACAUAAUUUUACUGCCGAUCGGAUUUUUAACUACGACGAAUCUGGUAUUUCUACCGUUUUGAGCACACCGAAAAUUUUUGCUGACAAGAGUCAAAAACAGGUUGGUCAAAUAGUGUCUGCUGAAAGAGGAGAACUGGUCACAUUUGGUGGUAUUAUUUCAGCAAGUGGAAACACCAUACCGCCUUUAUUCAUCUUCCCAAGAGUUCAUUAUAAGGACCAUUUCUUGGAAGGUGCUCCAGAAGGCUCUUUAGGUGUAGCCACGAGAAGUGGUUGGAUAAACUCGAGCAUUUUUGUUGAUGUUCUAAAGCACAUCCAGAAACACACCUUAAGUUCAAAAGAAAAUCCCAUAUUGCUUUUAUGUGAUAAUCAUGAAAGUCACAUUUCUAUAGAAGCAAUCAACUACUGCCGUGACAAUGGGAUUGUGUGCCUUUCCUUUCCACCUCACACGACUCAUCGCCUUCAACCACUGGAUGUUGGAGUAUUUGGACCAUUGAAGUCAAAAUUAAAAACAGCAUUCAAUGACUGGCACGUUUCCAACCCAGGAAAGACACUUAAUAUUUAUAAUAUCCCAAAACUCACAAAGAUACCUUAUUUAGAGUCAUUCAAUGGUAGGAAUAUCACCAGCGCUUAUGAAAAAACCGGAAUAUGGCCUUUUAAUAAGUUGAUUUUCAAUGAUGAUGACUUUGCGCCUGUUCAGGUGUAUCAUUCAAAUUCUGUAACAAAUCCCAAUGAAAGCACUGGGGGCGAGGAACCUGGAAUAGCUGGUGAUUGGCUUGCCACAGUUAGUGCUGAACUUGGUGAUGUUCCUGCUCGAACAUCACCGACUUUGUCCAGAGAUGUCUCCCCUUCACUGCAAGUAUUGAAGACACCAGAAAUGAUAAGGCCUUUCCCGAAAGUUGAAAGACGCACACAAACAAAAAAAGGUCGAUCACUUGGAAAAUCAAGAGUUUAUACGGACACUCCUGAAAAGACUAGAAUUGAAGAAUUGGAAAAAAAUAAAGAGAUGAAGAGAUUAGAAAAAGAACGGAAAAGUAAAGCAAGAGAAAUAAAGAGAGCGUUGAGUUUAUUAAAUGAAGAUUGUGAUAAAUCGAGUAAACCAAAAAGAAAUAAAACCAAAGAGAUCGAAACAACUAGUAGUGAAAGUGAAACAGAUGUCAGCCUAAGAGAAAGUUCUGCUUCACCUUUCGACAUGCUUGAAGAAAACGAAGAAGAAGAUGAUUCUGAAGAGCCUGUUGACCCUGAAAAUAUCAAGAAUGGUGCCUAUGUGCUCGUAAAAUUUGAAAAAAAGAAGUCUGUUAUUUACUUUGUCGGACAAAUCAUCGAACACUACAGUUUGACAGAAGUAAUGGUUUCAUUUUUGAGGAAAAAACCAGGAUCGUCAAUGAAAUUCGUAUUUCCAGACAUCAAAGAUGAAGGAUCAGUGGAUAUAUCAAAUAUAGUUUUGAUAUUACCGGAUCCUGAAUCAGCUAAGACAGCUAGAACUGCUGGUAUUUUAAGUUUCAAAAAAGAUCUAUCUUUUUAUAAUGUCCAUUAA